AUGGCUUCCAGCAGGCAGUAUGACCUGGUCCUUUUAGGUCCCACCGGCUACACUGGCCGUUUUUGUGCAGAGCACAUUGUGAAAAACCAUCCCACUGAUCUCAAAUGGGCUAUCGCGGGCCGUUCGCCACAGAAGAUCGAGCCUAUCGCUGAGGAGCUGAAGCAGCUUAACUCGGAUCGCGUCCAGCCAGACGUCAUUGCUGUCCAGCUCAACUCCACCGAGUUGAACGAGCUGGCGCAGAAGACUAAGCUCAUCAUUAACUGCAUUGGCCCCUACCACCUGUACUCCACUCCGGUGGUCGAAGCUUGUGCUACCCAUGGAACGCACUACGUGGAUGCGACCGGAGAGACUCCGUGGGUCAAGCUAAUUAUUGACAAGUACCACGAGAAGGCAAAGAGCAACGGCGCAAUUAUCAUCCCUUCGGUUGGAGUCGAGAGUGCCCCAGCGGACAUGCUGGCCUGGGCUCUUGUCAAGCACGUCCGGGAAGAACUCGCAUCCCAGACGAAAGAGAUCGACUGCUGCAUCAAGGAGAUGAAGUCCUCCGGCGCCAGCGGUGGCACUCUCAACACCAUCUUGAGCAUCUUCGACUGGCUCCCCUCCUCCGAGCUGAUGAAGUCCAUGACCCCCUUCUCCCUGGCAGCAUCCACGCCGCCAAAGGAUAUCCCUGGCGACUCCAUCCUUGCAAAGCUCUUUGGCGCGCGCACCAUCCGGGACCUGGGCACUGUGACUACCGCCCCAUCCGGCAUCGCGGACAUCACGAUCGUGCAUCGCAGCAGCACCCUGAUGCCCGAGCUAUACGGCAAGCGCUUCUACUUCCGCCAGUUCCUGCACGUGCGUAACGCUCUCAUCGGCGUCAUCGUGCACCUCGGUCUCAUCGUCGGUAUCUCGCUGCUGAUGCUCCCGCCUAUCCGCGCCCUAGUUCGCAGGUUCGUUUUCACGCCUGGGCAAGGUCCUACUAUGGAGGCCUCGAAGAAUGACCGCCUCGAGUACCAUGCCGUUGCAACGGCCGAUCAAGAAGCCCCUGUUCCCAAGCGCGUCUUUGGCAAGUUUACUUACGAGGGUAGCAUGUACGUUCUCACCGGCCUGCUCUUGGCCGAGGCUGCGAUGGUCAUUCUCAAGGAGGAGGAGAAGGUGAAGAAGGUCUCGCGUGGUGGUAUUGUGACAUCGGCAACCCUGGGCCAAGACUUUGUCGAUCGCAUUGAAAAUGUCGGGUGUCACAUCGAUACCAAAACCUUCCAGUAUUAA